CAAAGAGGACAUUCUUUCCUACAUGGCGAUUACAUAGCGAAGAAAUAUAAUUUGUGCUCACGCAAAGCUUUCAAGAUGAUUCUAUAGUUGCCGUUGCAAACACACCCGUGCAAUUUCUUGCACCAUGGCGCCCCAAAAUGCAGUCGUUUUCCGUGCGCUUGUCGCUUUUUCCCUUUAUACUUUUGGACCAGAAGAAGUAGAUGAUGGAGUUAUACGAGAGUCUUAUGACCGACGACUGGCUGUUGGACACAGGAGUUGCCCCAGCCUUUUAUGAAUCCGACCCAGCUCCUGAUGAUGGCCUCAUUAAACCAUGCUUUCAAGCCAGCAGCAACAGUGGUGUAGACCUUUUAUCAAAAGCCUAUGAGGAUGAAGGUCUUGGCGUUGACCUUGAUUGGCUGGACAACAGAAUUGACUUCAGUCUGUUGGAUGGCCUUGAGUUGUUGAAGGAGGAACCACCAAUAGAAGAUCCCAUCCCACCACCAGUCAAGAACCAUGAAGGUCAGCUGUCUGACUUUCAGGCAGCUGCCUUUGACCUCUUGGAGUCGCUCAUGGUGGAGAACAACUCAGAACCUGAGGUCAGCUACACGACCUUGACCCCCCAGUAUAUUGCUCCCAGCUCCCAACCACUGGGAAUUGAGCAAGGUGAUCAAGUUUUACCUGACUGCCCUGUCAGUUUGGACUCCAGUAUGAUAUCCCCUGCAGGGAGUAUUAUUCUGUCAGAGGAUUUGGUCAUCAGUCCCCAGUGGGAUGGGAGCUGCCCCAUGACACCAGAGGAAGUCGAAAGCCUCUUGUCAUCUCCCCCAAUCUCUCCAAGCGAUUCCUUUCACAGCAGCGACAGUGAGUGGUUACCUUCUGAAGAGCCAAAGAAGGCUCGUGCUAAGCCCUAUGCAAGGCCCAGUGAGAAGUAUGAAGUAGCCACUGCCACUCCAAAGGUCAAGGGCUUUGACCCUAAGACCAAAAAGGAACGCAAGAAAGUUCAGAACAAAAAUGCUGCAACUCGGUAUCGUCAGAAGAAAAAGACCGAGGCUGAUGUCACGGCAAGCGACUUCGAAGUGUUAACUGAUCGUAACACUGAACUGAAAAGGAAAGUUGAUGAAAUGGAGCAUGAGAUCCAAUAUAUGAAGGGUAUCCUCAAAGACAUUUAUAAAGUAAAAGGUCUCAUCACUGAUUAAGCACUUACAUGUACAAUCAUACUUGUGUAGUUUGCGUUUCAUAUAACACUUCAUAACUUGUGUGCACUUGAUACUUGAUCAAUGGUUAACCUCAAAGGAAUCGUAUGCUCAGAAAUUGAGUUCAUAUACGGUAUGCUAAAAAAAACCCAAAACAUUUUUUGAUCCAUACCAGUUUGUAAUUUUUGGUCAAAGUUAUGUGACUAUCACAUUUUUGAGAAACACAUUUGUGUUGUUAGUCUCUGUCCUUUUGGGGUUAACCAAUUGAUUGUAAAAAAAUCAUUAGCACUAUCUUGUAAUCGAAUCAUGUCAUUUUCAGCGAGUGCUUGUUGUUGCUGUAUUGUAAAUAAUUGUCAUGUGUUUAUGAAAAGCCAUCAUCAGUACAAGUACCCAAAACCAGAAUCCUGAGAGAAAGUUUUUCAAUUAAAAAGCAACCAAAAUUUGUUCCAUUUCUUGAGUUGGUGAAGAUAAUCUAUCAUCUAGGGGAAUGGUUGUGUUGACUUUCUAAACAUCUAGAUUUAUUGUUGCCGUUAAAAAUCUCUGUUUUGGAGUCUUCUCUCAGUUUUGUCCUUUACAUUGCAUAAAAGGUCUGCUAUGACCACUUUUGUUUCGGGCAACCUGUUCUUUUUGUUCUUUACAAUUGGACACAGGUUCCCCAGACCAAAUUUGGUCCUUCUGGCUGUGCAAUAAUGAUCUAUUUAGUACUUUCUACUUAAGUGGACCAACAGUAUUGGUGAUCUCAGUACACUCAGGAAUUCUGCACAAACUCCAAUGUUUUACAUGUCAAAUUUUCAUAGGAACUGGUUUUGGGUACAGUAGGAUUCCGUCGAUAGAUACAUGUAUUGAUGAACAUGUAUUUGGUGUGGUAUUUUUAACCACAAUGCCUCAUUUAUAUCCCUUGCCAAUAGUAACAAAUGGAGAAUCCUAGAGUCCGUCGGUGCAUGUUAUUGACAUUGUGGAUAAAUUGGUACUGUACUUGUGCUUUGCUUUUUGCACUGCCUGACUUGGGAAUGCCCAGAUGUACGAAGAAUUUUCUACAUGUAUAAUGACAUGAGCAAUGCCAAUGUGACUCUCUGAUUCGCGCUCAACUGGCUGUCUCACUCCAUUUUAAAGAAGUUCUAAAUUGGGACUAGUUCAGCUGUCUUAUUUGAUUUGUUUGUCUUCCAUGCAAACCAAAUGUACAGCUGGUAUUGUUUUGAAAAUUUUGCAAAGAUCACCUAUCUCUUUGAGUAUCUAAUUGUUUAAACUAUAUUAUGUAGUGGUAGUUUAACUAUUCACCGAAAUUGUAGUACCUUCGUUGUACUCGUAAAAUAAAGGAGUAAAUGAAAA